AUGAUCUGGCAGUCUCAAGUGAAGAGUAUGAUCAUCAGUAUCAAAAGCAAGCAAGAACAACAGGAUCAGGCUCCUUUAACCAUUGAGUCAUCACAUUGCUCAUGUUUCAGUACUAUGAGCAGGUCUGAAACCAGAACGAGAUUCAGGCAGCAAGGAAACAGAUGGGUCCUGAGAUCCGCUCUGAACUUCGUAAGUGAUGGAGAAGUAGUCAGAGAAGUAGGUAGAGAUUUCCAGAGAAAAGGGCCAGAAAAAGCAAAAGCAGAUUUAGCAAAAGAGUGUUUAACACGAGUUAAGAAGAAGUGGGAACAAGAAGACGAUCGUAAACCGGGGCGUUUAGGUUCAAUUAAUAUAUCUGAUAGUUAUUUAUGGAAUAAUUUAGAUUGA